UCAACCAUGGCCGAUAAAUCAGCUGUUGUCGUUCGCACCAGGAAGGUUAUGUCCAACCGCCUCCUCUCGAGAAAGCAAUUCGUUGUCGAUGUUGUUCACCCAGGAAAGGCUAACGUCUCCAAGAAUGACCUUAUUGCCGCCGUCUCAAAGAUCCACAAGGUCGCUGACUCCAAGACUGUCUACGUCUUCGGAAUGAAGACUGACUUUGGUGGUGGUCACUCCACUGGUUUCGGUCUGAUCUACGACAACCAGGAGCUCGCCAAGAAGUACGAGCCAAAGUACCGUCUGGCCAGAGCUGGUCUUUACACCAGACCACAGACCUCCAGAAAGCAGAGAAAGGAGAAGAAGAACAGAUUAAAGAAGGGCAAGUCCACCAAGAAA